UCUUUUUUCAGUGUGGCAGCAAAAACUGAGCAAAGCUUUUCUUCAUCACUUAAGUGGUCUAUCCAGACUUAAGAGAGGAUUGCCAGAAUAACAGAGCUUAUGAAAGGUGCCAACACUGCCUUCUCUGAUGACUUCUGCAAUGCUCUGGCAGCCCAAGAAGGCAGCAUGAUUUAAUCUUCAGGCGAUCUGUGCUCUAACAGAUCCCCGGCAAUGCCUGUGCUGCUGCCUGUAUGGCUGGCUCAGUGUCCCCGCUGGGAAAUUUGUAGCACCCAGCCGCUGGCAUCUUCUCCUGGCGGAAGCUCAACCAUCUGAAGAGAAGGGGAGGGAAAAAAAUAUCCCCAUCAGGAUGUUUGCACAUGUUGUUCUCUGCCUGCUCGCCUGGGUGUUUUGCUGAAGGACUGGGACAUCUGCAGAGAAGGGAGAGCGGCGGCGGCUGGAGCGUGCCCUGUUUGGGGCUGAAGUUCCUCCAGCGCCGGGGGCGGCGAGCAGCGGGGACGGGAUCGCGCUACCCGGAGCGUACACACAGACCUGAUUAAAAUUCAAGCCUAAUGGCCUCUGGCAUAAACAACGUUCAUCAGCCCGGGACUUGCAAUGGAUCUAAAGCCUCUCGCAGCGGCUCGGCAGAAGAAUGCAAUCGGGAUAUGCACAUGAAAAUGUGCAAGAAGAUUGCCCAGCUCACUAAGGUGAUAUAUGCCCUAAACACUAAGAAUGAUGAACAUGAGGCCAGUAUAGAGGCUCUGAGAGAGGCUCACGAAGAAGAAAUUCAACACAUUCUUGCUGAGACAAGGGAAACGAUUCUCCAGUGUAAAAGCAAAGUUGAAGAAGAACAGUUACUGAGAAAACAUAUUCAGGCCCUUGAAAUUGCAGUAGAACAACACAAGAGAUUGAAGGAAGAAGCCUUGGCAGAGUUAACAUUGUGCAAAAAGCAGGCGGAAGAGAAGGAGUUGAGAACAGGAGUGAAACAAGCACAGGCAGUCCUCUCUAAAGACAUGGUAGAUACCAAUGCAGGCUUUGAAAAUAAGCUUCCACAUUUAAAUCAGGAGUUUGAUGAACUGCUAAAUGAAUGCAAAGCAUCUAGAAGAGAAAAUCUGGGUAAAAAGGUACAUUUAGAUGAGAAAUGCAGUGUGGAAGGACACACUCUAAUAAAUGAGGUGGAAAACCUGAAGAGCAAGAACCAGAGAGCAACUGAAGAAACUACUCAGAAAACAUACAAACUGCAAGUCCCUUAUGAGAGAGAAAAAGAGACUUUGAGAAAAACUAUGCAUCAGUCUGUGAUAGAAACAGUGAUGAAUUGUCAGCAAAGAGAAACAGAGCAAAGGAAGAGAUCAGAGACUGAGGAAGGUUUUUUGCUGCAGCAGGUAAAGAAGCUGGAAGCAGACCUAGAGGAGAAAAGCCAGAAGAUAAAUGAGAGGAAGAAGCAUUCCCAGAAGCUGAAGGAGAGAAUACAGGAGCUCCAAACACAGCUAGAUGAAUUUCAAAGAAAAUCAGAGUGUGAACUAAAGCAACUAGAGAAAGAGAAAGAAGUACUAACUGGGAAACUUCAGAACUCUUCACUUGAGGUAGCUCAGCUGAAGCAAAUAUUAGACCAACAAGCAAAUAAUUUCAAGGAGUCGCUGAAGAAACAUAAUCUGCAGUCCAACAAAGAAAAAGAGAAGCUUUUGCAGGAUCUUCAAAACACCAUUAAAGAAAACCAAAAUGUUAAACUGCAGUUGGAGGCAUCACAUCAAAAAGUCUUAAAAAUGUUGGAGAAAAGCAAAAAUCAGGAACUAAAGGAGGCAGAAGAACGUUUGAAAAAGGAAUUUAAUGAGACUUUCAAGAUCCAACAUCAGUCUCAUAGGCUGGAAAUACAAACCUUGGAAGAGAAAGCAAAGAAAGAAUUACAAGAUGAACUUGAGCAGAUACAGAAGCAGCAAACCCUGUUGCUAGGAUCUCUAAGGAUGGAACUCUCUGAGCAACAAACAUCAUGCACUAACCUCAAGAAACAAAUAGAAGAACUACAAAUGGAGCUGAGGAGUGUGAGGACACUGAAGAAGCAACAGGAAGGAAGUAGCCAAAGCCAGAUCAGAUCUCUUCAUGAUGAACUGGAAAAAUGUCAGAGUGAAAUUUCUGAACUCAAGAAAGAGAAUUUACUUUUGAAGGACACAAUGGAGCUACUCAGUGCUGAGCUGGAGUCGCAGAAGCAAGAAGCUGCACAGCUUCAGGAUAGAGAUAAACAGCACAGAAGACUUAAAGAGUUAGAAGAAAAGUCAAGAAAAUGGGAGUCCAGGUCAGAAGGUACACACCUUGUAAACUGUCUGCAAGACAAAUUAAAUGAGAGAGAAGAAAUCAUCAAGCAGCUGGUGGAAGGAAGAAAAUGUCAGCAUUCACUUUCAGCCAACACUGAAUCCUCCAGGAAUCGGUCAUUUUCUUUCAACCCCAAUACAGCAGGCUUGACUCCUUCCAUCAAGAAGAAGAAAACACUUGAGGUGCCCAGUCGUGUUGUCAGUGUUCCGAAUUUAGCUUCCUAUGCAAAGAGCUUUUUGAGCUGUGACUCGAGAUCAAAAAGAAGUGCUCCUCAAAUAACAAAAUCUACAAGCUUAGACCGGAGUCCUGGCUGCCUCAGGGUGGGCUCUCCAUCAGCACAGUCCUCAGACAGCAGUGCUGCCACAAGGGCACAUGGCAGUGAACCACCACAAACCAAAGAUGACCAAAAACAAGACCCUCAGCAUCAAGAAUGGUUUACUAAGUAUUUUUCAUUUUAAAGCAAACUAUUUCCAUAUUUCUCAGAAUCACUAGAAAAGCCAUUCCUGUUUUCUUUCAGGGAAUGAUAAUCCAAUAUAUGAUUUGAGGAAAGAAAAUAAUAAAAGUAAUUUCUAAGUAAAUGAUUAGGAACACCUGCACUCUUACAUCUAUUAACUAUGGAGUUACAGGCAUGGAUUUCAAAAAAAUGCAUUUUUUUAAAAACCUCUGUAAAAAAUGAAGAAAAAGCAAAAAUACUGUUAUAAGACUUUUUAUAAUCAAGAGACUCUACCACUCCACCAUUUCAUUAAAUAUGCAAUUUGGACUCUGAUACAUCCUAUCAAUCUGGUACCAGCUGAAGAAAGGUCUUACUUCUGUACAUUUAUACAUUUGAUUCAUCAGCUGUUUAAAGUAAUUUAUGCAUAUAAUGAUGUGAUAAUUUUAAAGUUUUUAAUGGUUUUUGUUAAACUAAUCUUAAGCUGUACAGCAUGCAGUAUACCUUCAAGAAUAGCAUGUUUAUAGGAGGCUGGUUUAGAAAUAGUUUCGGGUUUGCUUAAUAAACUGUUUUGU